UUUUGCAGGGCUGGCUUUUGCUCUGCUGCUGCCCCCGAUCCCCCGGGAGGAAGGCAACAGCUUCCAGCUGCGGUAGAGGGGCGUGUGCCGGGGAACUGCAGGCUGCCGCCCCUCCCCGCACCUUCCCCAGCCUGGCUGGGUUGUGCGGGUGCUGGGGAGCGCGAGCUGCUUGGCCAGCCCCAGAGCAGCCGCCGCUCUCUGUGUGUGUGUGUGAAGCAGGGGGGAGAUUUGGGAGGUUUAGGGGCUCGUUGCCAUGGCUCCCGGGAAGCUCCGCCGAAGGAGAUAUUGAUGCCAGUCACGGAGGGAGCCUUCUUCCUUUCAGUGCGUUCCCCCUUUUUGGUGGGGGGGAAGGCGAAGCGAUUAAUUCGGAGCGCUGGGACGGGGGAGCCGCUGCCCAAGAACCGCAGCUCCAGCCGGGCGCUUCUCCCUUUCCCCUGCGAACUCCGGGCUCUACCCAGCGAGGGACCUUAACCACCAAAAAGCAAGCCCCCUCCCCGCCCGCCCUGAGCUGGAACCAGCAAGCCCAGAUGCAGUAAAGUGGGAAGAAUGAUCCAGAUUUAAAACUCCAGAUUGUGGCAGGAGUUGAUAAAGAAGGAGCUGAAUUCACGGAUUUGCAAGUUCACAUCCUUACAUCUCAGUUGAACUGAAGGUGGGAGAAAAACAUUCUUUCAUUCUGUUUGGACUCCCUGUUUACAGAAGAGAGAUGGAGAUACUAUUAAGCACAAAAAGGAUCAACAUAUGUCUGCUUUUCUUUGUAUUAAAUUUGGCAGAAGGUAUUGAAAUACCAUUAUCAGUUGCACAGGUUCCAACAAUUACAGACCAAUCCAUGACCCAAGUUGCAUACCCUUUUGAUGAAGACUUUACAAUUAAAUGUGAAGCUAAAGGAAAUCCACAACCCACUUUUAAUUGGACUAAAGAUGAGAAACCAUUCAGUCUACUAUCUGACCCCAGAAUAAUUGCAUCCAGAAAUUCAGGAACCUUUGUGAUCCAAAAUCAGGGGAUCAUAGCUGAUUUUCAAGGGAAAUACCGUUGUUAUGCUUCAAAUGAACUGGGAACUGCCAUGUCAGAAGAAAUCGAAAUAAUAGUUCCAAGUGUACCAAAAUUCCCAAAAGAAAAGAUUGAGCCAAUUGAGGUAGAGUAUGGUGAUGCUGUGGUUUUGCACUGUAAUCCUCCCAGAGGAAUUCCACCUUUGCAUAUCUAUUGGAUGAAUAUUGAUUUACAACACAUUCCACAAGAUGAAAGGGUCUCCAUGAGCCUUAAGGGAGAUCUAUACUUCGCAAAUGUGGAAGAAAAUGACAGUCGAAGCGAUUAUUGUUGCUUUGCAGCAUUUCCCAGGCUGCGGACAAUUGUACAGAAAAUGCCAAUGACACUGAUGGUUACACGUAUUAAACAUACUAAUGACUCAAGCUCACCUAAUGCUGCUGUUACUAAGGCUAAUUUCAUCAAGGAAAGAAAACCCAAAAUACUGAUACCACCUGAAUCUUCUGGUAGCAGCUCAUCAGUUACUGUCAUCAAAGGGGGAGUUCUACUACUUGAAUGCAUUGCUGAAGGGCUCCCAACUCCGCAUCUUAACUGGAUCAAGGCUGGUAGAGAUUUGCCCAAGGACAGAGCAGUGACAGAAAGUUUUGGAAAGGUUUUGAAGAUAGAACAAGUAUCUGCAGCAGAUGAAGGAACUUAUGAGUGCACCGCAAGCAAUUCUGUGGGGAGAGUGAAACAUGAGUUUCAAGUUCACGUGGAAGAACCUCCUCAGUGGAUAAAGAAACCCACAAGUGAUGUUUACAGUAUAAAGUCAACUGCUUUACUAUUGUGUGAAGCUACUGGCAAACCUGAGCCAACUAUAAAGUGGAAACGUAAUGGGAUACCUAUUGAUAAACGGACCUAUAGGGGCAGAGUCUCUGCUGGGGAGAUCAGCAUUACCAACCUACAACUGCAGGACAGUGCAGUGUAUCAGUGUGAGGCAACUAACAAGCAUGGUGCCAUCCUUGCCACUGCCAAUGUGAAUGUUUUAAAUAUUGCUCCAUUAGUGAUAACCUCAGACAGUGAAGACUAUGCCACAGUUGUUGGUUUCAAUGCUUUCUUGCACUGUCAAGUUUUUGCUUCACCUCCUGCUGUCAUUACUUGGAUGAGGGAUGACAGCACAAUGCCACUUGAAGGUCUGCGGUACACUGUAUAUGAAAAUGGCACUUUGGAGAUCAGAGAGACAAAGAAAGAAGAUUCUGGGUCGUACACUUGUUGGGUGACAAAUUUGGUUGGAAAAAGUGCAAUCACUGCCAAUCUGGGUAUCAGAGAUGCUACAAAACUUGUUGUUACUCCUGAAAACCCACAAGUGUUGAAAUCACAUUCAGUUUUAUUGAAAUGUCAGUCUGAAUAUGACUCACACUUGAAACAAAGUUUUAAAUUAUCCUGGAGGAAAGAUGGAGAUGAGUUGCAAAUCAACAGCACAGAAGAUGGCAGGAUAAUUACUGAAAUGGAUACGUUGUUUAUAUCAAGUGUGACAUUAGAGGAUCAAGGCGUUUACACCUGUGUGGCUAGUACAUCUCUGGACAGUGUCACAGCCGAAUCCCAAUUAAUUGUCCUUGAUGUUCCUGACCCACCAGAAGAGCUACUUCUCUCAGAAAAACAGAACAGAAGUGUUAGAUUAUCCUGGAAAGCAGGAGACAGUCACAACAGUCCCAUUUAUGAGUCCAUUGUAGAAUUUGAAGUGAAUCGUUGGGAGCCUGGGAAGUGGCAGGAACUCACAAGAAUCCCAGGGAACAACACAACCGUUGUUUUAUCGUUGGCUCCUUAUAUGAAUUCCCAGUUCCGUGUUAUAUCCGUUAAUGAUGUUGGAAGAAGCAAGGCUAGCGCAUCAUCAGCACGCUAUGAAACACCUCCCACUGCUCCAGACAAGAACCCAGAAAACAUCCGAGUCGAAGCUUCUGAACCAAAUGAAAUGGUUAUGAAAUGGGAGCCAUUGAAACCCAUGGAGCAAAAUGGACCGGGACUGGAGUAUAAAGUCAGCUGGCGACAGCAGGGAGUAGAGACAGACUGGAACGAGGAAACUGUAAAAAAACAUUCCUUGACAUUGAGGAAUACUCCUACCUUUGUGCCUUAUGAUAUCAAAGUCCAAGCUGUAAACAAUUUUGGAUCUGGUCCUGAACCAAAUGUUACCACUGGAUAUUCAGGAGAGGACAUUCCAGAUGCUGCUCCUUCAAGUGUAAUGGUGGAAGUGAUGAAUAGUACACUAGUUAAAGCGAUCUGGUCCAGCAUUCCAAGAGACCGAGUUCGUGGACACUUAAAAGGAUAUAAGGUCAUUUGGUGGAAAAUAAGGAGUUUGCUAGAUGGAAAACAUCAUCACCCAGAUAAACACUUCCUAACAUUUACAGGAGACAGAAACUAUGGCAUGAUUCCUGGUCUAGAGCCAUUUAGUGAAUUUCACUUAACUGUUUUGGCUUUCAAUGCAAAAGGAUCUGGACCUGAAAGCUCUCCAACUGUAUUCCAAACUCCAGAAGAAGUCCCUGAACAGCCACGUUUUCUAAGAUUACUAAACGAAGAUAAGGAUUCUGUCACUUUGUCAUGGGGACUUCCCAGAAAACCAAAUGGCUUCCUUACUGGCUACAUUUUGCAAUAUCAGAUAAUAAAUGAGACAGAUGAGAUUGGAGCAUUGAAUGACUUCAAUAUUACAAACCCUUCGACUUUCAGCUGGAGGAUUUCAAACCUGAGCUCGAGCACCAAGUAUAAAUUCUAUGUGAGGGCCUGUACUAUAAAAGGCUGUGGGAAACCAAUCACAGAAGAAGGACUAACAAUGACAGAAGGGAGUAAAGGGAUCGGGAAGAUUUCAGAAGCAGUAAAUCCCACCCAAAAGUUUCACCCCAUUGAGGCACUUGAGCCUGGUACUGAAUAUACAGUUCGUCUAGUGACUAAGAAUUGGGUUGAUAACAAUAGCAUUUUUGAAGAUGUAAUUGAGACGAGGGAGAGAGCUUAUGCUGGCAUUUAUGAGGGAAUUUCCACCCAAGGCUGGUUUAUUGGACUGAUGUGUGCCAUCGCUUUGCUUACCUUAUUGCUGCUAACUAUGUGCUUUGUCAAAAGAAAUAAAGGAGGAAAAUACUCAGUGAAAGAAAAAGAGGAUUUGCAUCCAGAUCCUGAAGCUCAAUCAAUUAAAGAUGAGAUCUUUGGGGAAUAUAGUGACAGCGAUGAGAAGCCACUCAAAGGCAGCCUCCAGUCACUUAACGGGGACAUUAAAGCUACGGAAAGUGCUGAUAGUUUGGUAGAUUAUGGAGAAGGGGACCAAGGGAUGUUUAAUGAAGAUGGUUCAUUUAUUGGCGCUUACGCUGGAUCUAAGGAAAAAGGAUCCGUUGAAAGCACUGGAAGUUCUACAGCAACUUUUCCUCUCCACGCAUAAAAUAUUAUCAUAAAUGAUUCAUUUCAAAUUUCCAUAUUUAUCUUGACUAGUAAUCAACUAUUACCAUAGGUAAUCAGAAGUAGAUUGCAGAACGAAUCAGUCAGAACCCCAACCUCCAGGUAAUAUGGGAAUUAGUCGCUGCUAUCAAAACAUGACUUUUGAGACUUUUCAGUCCUGAUUGUUCAGGUGUUUUCAUUCAUAAAAACAGGUGAAUAAUACUCUCACAUACAAUAUAUACCACUCAGUCUGACCAAAACCAUAGCUUCUCAGUGUUACAUAUGUAUAUAGAUACUUGUUACCCUACAUGUUUCUCUAUAUAACUUUCUAUUUCUUGUAUGCUUUGUCACUUUGUAUAGACAUUUACAUCCAGUAUUCCCUAAUAUAUAAUGACCUUAGCAUGGUGGAGGUCAGAAGAUAGUGGGGGUGGGAGAAGGGAGAUUACUUUAAAAGUUAACACCAAGAAAAAAAUAAUUGAAAACACUAUAGAAAUACAUUCCAUAUAUUAUUUAAUGUUCACGAAGAAAAAGAAAGUCUGUUUAAGUAAUUCUAGAAUUAGUGGCUAGAGCUGAUUGCAAUUACUUAGCGACACAGCUUUAUCCACAAGUAAUUUGAUCUCAAACUUGCUCUCAAAAGAAACCGGUUCCGAUCUGGUAUCUAUAUCUUCUCUCCAGUAGCUGUCACUCUUUCCUUAAACAAGUUCAGUUACACUAGUUUUCCUUUGGCAGAGGAUAACGAGGCUCAUCCCACAUCUGUUCGAUGUGUCAAGGAAGCAGGAUCAGGUCUUUAGACUACUAAAAAGGCCACCUGAAUCUGCCACCCAAGAUCUUUGAAAGCUGCAUUUCUAAGCAACUGCGUUUUGUCUGCUUUCUGUCUGUAUAUCUGUAUGCGAGCAUACAUUUCAGGAAUGCAUUGUACAUAUUAUUUACAGUGUUGCUGUAGUGAUGUUGGUCCCAGGAUACCAGAGAGACAUGGUGGGUGAGGUAAUAUCUUUGUUUUGUACCAGUUUCUGUUGGGGAAAGAGACCAACUUUUGAGCUACACAGGGUUCUUCAGAAGAAGACGUUGGUCCAAUAAGAGACAUCCACCUUGUCUCUCUUGUACAUAUUAUGUUAAUAUUUACAUAACUGAAAACACAGACUGGUUUUAAUUUGAAGUGAGAAAAUGAUCCUAGCACGAGUCUGUAUUGCUAUGUAGAAAUAGAGGGACUAGUUGUGUAUGAAACAGUCCAUAUAUUAGCUUUUCCUCUUUCUUUUGGAUAAUACUUAAAAAUAAUUGUUUCUCUCUCCAAAAAAUAAACCCUGAAUAAUUAGGUAUUUUUUUAAAAAAAUAUUUUCACAUCCUGCAUUGUUACUUUUUUAAAAAAUGGAUUACACUAGAAUUUCUUUUCUAUAUGGUUUACUGAAUAAGGUUUAAAAUUCCCAAUUUGCUACUCAUUCCUUUUUAUAUUUGGUCUCCCAAUUAUUUUUAAAAGUUUGUUGUUUUUUUUUUCUUUUAUAUUUUGUUAACUUCGGUACAGUGCAAAUGUUCCUUGUAGUUCUGUGUUGUUCUUUUAAAAUGGUUGUAUCUGCAUAAUUACAAUUUAGUCAUUGUUAGAAGGAGAAAUUUUACUAUAUACAAGAUAAUUCCUGCAAAAUCUUUUAUACACGAGUAGUCCUUAGGCAAAUAGCUCUGUUGAUUUCAUUGCAAGUACUUCAGUGGAAAUAAUAGUGUAAGUAAAGACUACUCCCAUGAGUAAGGGUUUGCAGGAUCAGACCCAGAAUUACAACUUUAUGAGCUGCACGAUGCACGUUAUUAAAUAAUCAUAACACUGGUUUUAAUUUUAUACAAUACCUAAGGGACCAGCUCCCAUUCAUGUACUUAAAUGAAGUGGCUUGAGUUUCAAAAGUUCUCAACAACAAUUGAAAACAAUGGUAGCUGUUGGGUGCUGGCCCUAAAUCUACCAUCUAUUUGGAAUAAAGGCCAAUGGGACUACUUAUAGGUGGCUUAUAAGAGAAUGAUAUGGUCAUAGGUUAAAAUAGUUAGCACACUAUACUGUAUUAUUAGCACCUCAGAUCCCUAAAAUUGGGAGAAUUUGACAAAUGUCUCACUAUUUGUACUGUAUAUUUUUUUUACAGUUAAUUCAACUUGAUCACUGAAAAGGGACUGGUCAGUUUGGGGGAGGGGAGAAGGGUCUCACACACAGAGGUUCUGGCAGGAAACUGAAACCUUACAUCCUGUCCCAAGUCACACAAGGUGACUUUUUUCAGGACUCCAGACAAAUUAACCGACAGGACGAGUGUCCACUGACACUAGUGCAUGAGAACCUGAAAGUGAAAUAAACUGAGAAUUGACCAGACUUGUGUUACAAUUUUCAAUUUGUUGCUAGUCUGUUCUUAAUCCAUUUCACUUUGAGGGGGCUCUGCACUAGCACAGGGGAGCAAUGUUUGGCUAGCAGAGGAAAGUUUCCUUGCCUUCUCAGUUAUUUCCACCGAAUAUUCUUUUUUUUUAAUUGAAAUGUUUUGAUUGCCUUGGAUUUUGUAAACAUUAAGUUUAGUCUCUUCAUCUUUUCUCUUUCUACCCUCUAAAGAAACUCUUAAUAGGACAGGGAGAGGCCCUAGUUAGCCUUAUCCAGCAAGAUGGAGUAAUAAGUCCCCAACCACCACUGCUCCCAUCCACAAAUUACUGGCCUUUCUAGUUUUUUUUUAAUGGUCCAUUGAGUAGCCAGAGCCUCUCUUCUUCUCCCCUACUGCUGUGCCAACUUCUGUAGGUGGCACAGAAUCCUCAGAGAGAAAUCUGAUUGUAGAGGAGGGAAAGGUCCAGACUAGGGUGUUAGAGUGUAUUAGGUAAGAGCUCAAUUACAGAAGCCUUCUCCUUCUACUCCCCAUAGCUACUAAACAACUCCUCUGUUCAAAGGGUUUGUACCUCUGAUUGGGGCAAACCUUUAGGACUGUGGGCCACUGCCAUCUGCAAGUUUGGAUGGCUGCUCACACUCACACAUUAGGUACGAUAUGAGCCAUGAAAAGUCAGCAAAGAUAUGCAUUUUUCUUGCACUUACAGGAUGUUCGGUUCAACUGGAGUCAUUGUCCCAGAAACAUCUAUGUUAAACAGACACAAAUUUCACACCACAUUAGUGGGACAGCCUCUUAUCAAAUAAUGAAUAAGCAUCCUCUGCUAUGACUUGCUCAUUUGUAGCUUAAAGUUGCUGAUGACAUCCCUGUGAUGUGCUAUUCAUCUGUGUCGGUAUGAGUACUUUUUCUAUUUUUUUUUAUUCAGUCUCUUAAAUCUUAAUGUUCGUGAUUCAUUACUCCUCAGGGCCUAAAAAUCACACUGUGACAAAAAGAUGUGCAAUGAAAUUUUUUUAAACGUGCACUGACUUUUUAGGAUUCUGCCCAAUGAAUAUUAAACAAACGUCUGAAAUUCCCAGAGAUUCUUGUGUCUGUCUAGCUCCAUUCUCUUUCUUGAGUAAUUCUUUUUCAGCAGGGAUUUUUUUAGGCACCACUAUAUCUACUUUAUAUCCUGGAAUGUGCAGAAGAUUAAAAUAUGCUUCCAAAAGAGAUGUCAUUUUAAAAACAAAACAGCAAAACAGUUUAUACUUUUGGAGCCAAUUUUUCCUUUCAUGCAAAGCAGGCCAGUUCCAUUCAUUUCAAUGGGGUUUGGUGUAAAGAAGGGGACAUUUUGAUACUUAUGUUGCAUUUAAAGUAUUAGCACCAUAAAUGUGGUACCACAAUUAAGAGAACAGGUAUUUCUGAUAUUUUUCAGAAGUGCUUGAAAUCCUCUUAAUCAAAUAACAUUUUGGAAAUCUGUAAUGAUUUUUCAUUUAAUUUGUUACAUACAAAAAACUCCUCCUAUAUUAAAACUGCAUACACUGAAUGAGACAGGGGUCUUAUGAAAAAAAUGCCAUGUGAUCAUGUAGUAUAUCUCAUAAUACAUACACACGUGAAAGCUGAAUUAAGGUUGCAUAUGAAACCUUAAUUCUGGCCUUUCCUAAAUUUUCUGAUUUGAACUUUACAACUGUAACUAAUAUUUUUAAACAUAGAUUUUUGUCUGUAAUUUCUUAGGUUUCUUUUAAAGGAAAAAGUAAAAACAAAUUUUAAUUAUAUGCAAAUGCAACAGCUCCCCCUAUCAUACAUCAUCAGUCAGUUUGAACCUAAACCUCCAGCACAGCUUGAGGACUUAAUUACAGUAACCAUUUUAGUUAGCAGUAAGAGAAAACUGAUAUUCCAUAGAAAGGUGUGACUAGGUUACUGGAGUCACGUGCUGGGUCUAAGGAAAAUGAAGAGAUUACUAUGAGUGUGGAACAGUUCUCCUCUUUUCAACCUUCUGGAGGUGAGGGAAGCUCCUUCCCCAUGUGGUACUCCUGGGGGAAGUAGAGGGAAGGGGUUUUAGAAAGGAGAAAAGCUUGGCUCUCUCUCCCCUCACUCCUGUUCUGUCUGUUGCUGCUCUGAUAGCGGCAUGGGAUCAAGCUCAGAUUAGAGUUAAUUCUAUUAUUAUUUUGGCAUGCUGCCAACAUUUUACUGGCAGCACAAAUCACAGAAGGGUAAAGGUGAUUUUCAGAAGCUUAUAUCUCAGCCACACCUGAAUGGAAUUUCAUCUGACAAAGAAAAGGCACUUCUCUGGUUCCAGGGAUUUCUCCCUAAUGAAUUUCAAAGGCCCACUUUAAACAAUGGAGGUGAUAGAGCUACUCAAAGAAAAGGUUGCAAAAAUCUUUUAUAAUGAAAAGUUUUAGGUAAGCAAAAUACAGCGGGUUACUCCUCCCUGGUAAUAAGGACCAAACGCUUUACUCAUGUUGGAUAAUCCUAGCCUCCACUAGUAUUCCCAUCUACUCUAAUACUACAUACUCAUGGAGUAUGGCCUAUUCAACAAGGGUAAGGGCAUUAGAAUCUGGCCCUCAUAUAUCAGAGCAUUACAUUUUAAAAUAUGCACAAUCCACCCAAGAAAGAAAGCUUGCAUAAUAUUGUAUUCUUCGGAAUGGCCUCCAUCUCCAGUUUAGUCUCUGGUGGUGUUUGUGAGCUCACGGGCACAAAGUUCAAAGGAGUUUAUGCAUUUUAAAAACUGUAUUUCCAUCUCUGUGCAUUCUCCCAUUUACAUCAGUGGGAUUCCCAAGGAGGCUUUGAUACUGGAUUCCAAUACAGGAUAAGUGUCUUGGCCAUGUAUCUGCUUCCAAUUAAGACAAUAGACAAGUUAUUUUCCCCUAUGAAUAAAUCAAUAUAUAUAUAUAUUGGAACAUAGACUGCAGGAUUGGAAGGGACCUCCUGGGUCAUGGAGUUCAGUUCAGCAACCCCAUCAUAUAACUCCAUUAAUAAAUUUAUUAAAAUUACAAUGGUUAGGUUGUUUAGUAUAUAUAAUUAAUAAGAAAUCAUAUCUUCUGUAGGUCAGCUUUCAACAUGAUGCAGUAGUUCAAUGAUUUGUCACUUUGUUUUGGCCUGAUCAUACAAACUCUUAUGAGUACCCCUUAUUCAGAUGAGUACUCCCAUGGAGCUAAUGAUUCAUAUGAGCCAAUGAUUCUCGUGUAAAUAAAAGUUUGCAGGAUCAGACUUUUUCCCCCAAGUGAAUUAAAUAAAAAUGAGCAGGUUGCAUCUUUCCAGGCUUUUGACAAUAAUUUUACACGUAGCUUUGGAAAACAAUGUUAGGUAAUUGGGUACUUUUAUUCUAAGCCUUGUAUACAUCUGAAGAGGCAUUUCACUGUAAUUUCAAUCAUGCAGUCAUAGUUACACAAAUAAAAAGGAUAUUUAGACAUGCUGUCUAUAGUGUAUCUCAAUUAUUUUAAGUAACAACCAUGUAAGGAGAGAGAAAUUGAAGGGAAAUCAUUGUUAGGGCUUGCUGGCAGAAAUUCCAUUAACUUGACAAAAGAUCAUGCCCUCAAAAGCAUCUUUUUUUAAUGUUUAGUGUUUCCGUAUAAAGUAUAUACAUAAUGUUUGCCAUUUGAUCUCCUGAAUAUUGGUACAUGUUUACACUUCAGCACCAUAUCUUUCAUGUAAAAGUUUUGACUAUCAGAUCAAGCUUUGUUAUCUGCAGUAAUUCAGUUUUCAUGCAGGAACCAAUAUAUGGGUAUGAGCCAAAGCAUACUGUAUUUUUUAUUUUACACAAGAUAUUUUGUUACUUCAUGUAAAAAGAUCAAGACAAAUGUGGUACUAAGUUCACACCAUUCUUUUUUUUACUAGAUGAAUGUUAAUGUAAAUUUAUUAAGGUUUAGAAAAAUGUGUUUGUACUGUAGUUGCCGUUUGUAUCAUGCCUAUGUACAUGUAUGGUUUUAAAAGAUAUUUUCAUUAUACAUGGAAUUCAACUUUGCUAAUAAAAGUUUGACUUGAUGUAUUCUUCAAAUG